CAGGGGAUGCGUGUAUUGGUAGAUGCACGGGACAAACUGGGAAUUCCGUGGCAGAACUCUGAAAACGAGAAGCACGGCAUGUUUGUGAUGUCAUUUGAGGGGCGUGGUGGAGUGGCGGUAGAACCAAUGGAAUUCCAGCUUUAUGGGCUGGCGCUGGACGCUCUGUGGAGGGAUUCUGGAAUACAGGACGCCUACGGACGACGCAGUGAGUUUCAACUGAGUGAGUCGGUGAAAUACUUCCUGGAUAACCUGGACCGGAUUGGCCAGCUGAACUAUAUCCCUAGUCGGCAGGACAUUCUGUUUGCACGGAAGGCGACUAAAGGAAUCGUAGAACACGACUUUAUCAUAAAGAAGAUUCCGUUUAAGAUGGUUGAUGUGGGGGGUCAGAGGUCACAGAGACAGAAAUGGUUUCAGUGCUUCGACGGAAUCACAUCUAUACUGUUCAUGGUGUCAUCAUCCGAAUACGACCAGGUUCUGAUGGAGGACCGGAGGACCAAUCGGCUGGUAGAGAGCAUGAACAUCUUUGAGACGAUCGUGAACAACAAGCUCUUCCUCAACGUGUCCAUCAUCCUCUUCCUCAACAAGACUGACCUGCUGGUGGAGAAGCUAGGCCAGGCUGACAUCACUAAACACUUCCCAGAAUAGGGAGACCCUCGCAGGCUGGAGGAUGUACAGGCGUUCCUGGUGCAAUCAUUCAGUCCUGACCGGCGUAACCGGGAAACCUUGUUUCAUCACUUUACCACAAUCGACACGGAGAACAUCCGCUUUGUGUUCCACGCUGUUAAAGACACCAUACUGCAGGAGAACCUCAAAGACAUCAUGCUGCAGUGAUACACACAUUAUACACACAC